AUGAGAGAAUGCAUUUCCAUACACGUGGGUCAGGCGGGCGUACAGAUUGGUAACGCCUGUUGGGAACUGUAUUGUCUGGAGCACGGCAUCCAACCGGACGGCCAGAUGCCCAGCGAUAAGCAUAUCGGCGCCGGCGACGACUCGUUCAACACGUUUUUCUCGGAGACGGGUGCGGGUAAGCACGUGCCCCGUGCCGUCUACGUGGACCUGGAGCCCACUGUAGUGGAUGAGGUGCGCACCGGUACCUAUCGGCAGCUCUUCCAUCCGGAACAGCNGACUCGUUUAACACGUUUUUCUCGGAGACGGGUGCGGGUAAGCACGUGCCCCGUGCCGUCUACGUGGACCUGGAGCCCACUCUUCGGAGGCGGCACCGGAUCCGGGUUCACAUCUCUACUCAUGGAACGCCUGUCCGUCGAUUACGGCAAGAAGUCUAAGCUUGAGUUCGCUAUCUAUCCGGCGCCUCAGGUGUCGACUGCAGUGGUGGAGCCGUACAACUCAAUCCUGACGACCCACACGACUCUGGAGCACUCGGACUGUGCCUUUAUGGUGGACAAUGAGGCCAUAUAUGAUAUCUGUCGCCGCAAUCUCGACAUCGAGAGGCCCUCCUAUACUAACCUCAAUCGUCUGAUCGGCCAAAUCGUGUCGAGUAUAACGGCUUCCCUUCGCUUCGACGGCGCUCUGAACGUGGAUUUGACUGAAUUCCAAACCAAUUUGGUUCCCUAUCCUCGCAUCCACUUCCCGCUCGUCACUUACGCGCCGGUCAUCUCCUCCGAGAAGGCAUAUCACGAACAGCUGACGGUCUCCGAGAUCACCAAUUCAUGCUUCGAACCGUCCAAUCAGAUGGUUAAGUGCGACCCCCGACACGGCAAGUAUAUGGCCUGUUGUCUGCUAUACAGAGGUGAUGUGGUGCCCAAGGAUGUCAACGCAGCCAUCGCUGCCAUUAAGACUAAGCGCAGCAUUCAGUUCGUCGACUGGUGUCCCACCGGUUUCAAGGUUGGCAUCAACUACCAGCCCCCAACUGUGGUUCCGGGCGGCGAUUUGGCUAAAGUGCAGCGCGCGGUCAAUGAACUGCAGGCACUCCCAGAGUUGAGUCAUUAG